CGGGGAGGCGCACCGCCGGCGGAGGUGCAGCGGACAGCGGCUCGUCCAGCAGCGGGCAGCCGGCCCGGGCGCUCCGGUGAGCGGGGAACUCCUCCGGCGGGGAGCCGCGCGGAGCGGAGCGGCUGCAUGCAGAAACUUGCCUGAGUUUCUCUCUGGAGGUGACCCAGUGUUUCCCCUGGAGCUGCCGUCAGGCCCCGUGGUACCUGGCGAACGCAGACCAGACGCGUGGGAUGGUUUAUUGGCUCAGCUGGAUGGUCGCCACGCAGCAUGAUCACGCCCGUUCAGGCUCCGUCACCUCCAGUGGGCAGAUCGCGAGGCCCGGUUCCCACCAUGCGAUGCGUGUAGCGGCCCGUCGGCGGAGUUGCGGCCCCAGGCGGGAUGCUGUGGACGGCCAGUCGGAAUGACUCUGCUGGACUUGUGGCUGUCGCGCUCCAUCCCCAUGUGCCUGCUGCUGCAGAGCCUUGUCCUCAUGGCCCUGUGCUUCCCCUCGGCCAGCAUGUGUCCGAAGGGCUGCAUCUGCCUCCGCGACCCCCACCUGCACGGCCUCAACGUCUCCUGCAGUCAGUCCCGCCUCAAAGAGAUCCCCCCCAGCCUGCCGGUGGACACGGUCCUGCUGCGGCUGGACCACAACCAGAUCGGCGCCGUGCCGGACCUGGCCUUCCACGGACUGCGGCUCCUGAGGGAGCUCAACCUGUCCUACAACGCGGUGGAAACUUUAGGGGAAGGCGCCUUCAGCGGCAUCGAAGGGACCCUGCAGGUGCUGGAUCUGUCCCACAACCGCAUCACCAGCGUGCACCGGGACGCCUUCGCCCGGCUGAAGGCCCGCGUCAUCGUGGACGACAACCCCUGGCACUGCGACUGCGCCCUGCAGCAGGCCAUCGGCGGCAUGGCGCACAACCACGAGGCCGCCACGCGCGUCCUGUGCCGGAGCUCGGAGCUGCUGGACCAGGAGGGGCGGCCCUUCCUGGCCGUGGACACCGACCUCUGUAACCUGACCAAAAGGACCACAGACUACGCCAUGCUGGUCACCAUGUUCGGCUGGUUCGCGAUGGUCAUUUCCUACGUGGUGUAUUACGUGCGCCAGAACCAGGAGGACGCGCGGCGCCACCUGGAGUACCUCAAGUCCCUCCCCAGCAAGCCCAAGAAGCCCGACGAGGCCGACGACAUAAGCACAGUGGUCUGACGGUCCCGAGCCGACGGGACCCUUCUCGUGUUUACUGUCUCAAACUUUGGGUGUUGUGAGCAUCAGAGUCUUUGUAUUUUGAACAUUUUCUGUCCAAUGUGGUAGCAGGGUUUGUUCACGACUCACCAGAUAAGAGAGGAGAAAACAAGGCCACUUCGACAUUCUUUUUUAUGAGAAAGUACUGAAGCAGUUUUGAAAAUUUUGAUCUCAGGUUUAAUUAUUAUCUUAUUAUUGGAUUUUUUUAGAUGAAAAUUUGGAAUAUUUGAAAGAGAAAUUAUAUUACAGCUAUUUUUAAGAAUUAAUCUAUUUCCCAAAGCUCUUAUUUUAGAAUCUCAAAUCUCACAAAGAGGAAUAUAUAGUGUACUCAAAUUUGUAAACAGUUAAAUCAAAUGAUUUGCGUUUUACAUGACCCGAUAUAAUCCAAAUUUAAAGCCCAGAAUCUACAUUUACUACUGACGUUUUUUAAUCUGUGGCAUGCUAACAGAGAUUAUGUAAUCCACACAGGGUGUCGUACUGCACAUAUCUCACAUUAAUUAAUCACACGUCUGCUUGUCUUUUUGGCGGUGAGCUGCCCUGUACGGACUCUGGUCCGUUUUGGAUAAAUCAUUUGUUUUUUAAG